AUGCCGGAGAUCGGGAACGCCGAGCUCAGCUACAGCGGAACUUCCUGGGAAAGGAUCUGCCCAGUCCAUCACUGCCCCGUUCCCGCCUCCCCCAGGCUGGGGGGGGACCCCCUGCCUUCCUCCAGCCACACGCUGGGACCCGUUUCCAGCCAGUCCAACGGGCAGGUGCCGUCCAGCUCCCAGGACCCACAGCAGCCGCACGUGUAUUUCCCCUGCAGCCAGCAGGAGCCUGAGGGCAGCUGCGGGCUGCCCCCGCUCCCAGGGCACGGCGAGAGGCCCGUGCUCUGUUCCCACCACUCCAGUGGCGAUCCCACACCGGCUUCCCACCACAACAUCUCGGAAACCCCCUGGAAACAGUGGUCCCCUGGCCAGCGAGCCUCCCGGCCGGUGCAGCAUCACAUCGUAACGGUGAGACAUGACAAAGCUUUCAGGAUGCCAAAAAGUUACUCCCAGAUGAUCGCCGAGUGGCCCGUCGCCGUCCUGGCGCUCUGCUCGGUCACGGCUCUGCUGUGCACCUUAGCUGGCCUGCUCGUUGGGGAGCUGCCAGAUUUCUCAGAACCCCUCAUGGGUUUUGAGCCACGAGACACUGACAUCGGCAGAAAACUGACAGUGUGGAAGAACGUAGAGAGCCACACGGGCUACAAGAAGACCUUUUCCCUUUCUCCCUACACUGAGAAGAACAGCUAUGACGACCUGGCCUUUAGCAGGGGACAGAAGGCUAUUCCAGGUGAACAGGAAGCAAGGACACGGAGAAUGGUGGAACCAAUCUACGGAGCAGAUGGCUUCUUUUGCGGGCCCCCGGAAAAGAGCUAUUCCCAGCUGGUAUUUAUGUCCACAACUGCUGGGAGCUUAUGGAACUUGCAAGCUAUUCAGUCCAUGUGUCAAAUUGAACAAGACAAGAUACGCUCACACGUUCAUUUUAGAGACCUGUGUCAACGCACCGAGGCCAAUGAAUGCUGCCCAAGCUGGUCCCUGGGGAACUAUAUUGCUGUCCUGUACAACAGGUCUUCUUGUUUGGAAAUAACCCAAGGAGACAUUGCCCAUACCCUGGCCCUCCUUCGUUCCUGCGCUCCAGACUACCACAAAGGCGUCCUUACUCCGUCCUGCCUAGGUCCCGAGCCUGUGAGACAGAAACACUCGCAGUGCGCUAAAGUCCCAGAAAAAUGUACCCGAUUCAAUGCUAUUUACCAGCUUCUUCACUUCCUGGUCGACAGAGACUUUCUUAGUCCCCAGACAAUAGAGUACCAAGUGCCAUCUCUCAAGUACAGCCUGCUGUUUUUGCCUACGAGAAAAGGUGCGUCUAUGAUGGGGAUCUACCUAGACAAUCUUGAAUCCUGGGAUCUGUUCGACAAUUAUACAUCUAUCACCGGAAUGGACCUGGGCCUUAAACAGAAACUAUUCCAGCACUAUCUUUUACUGGAUACAAAAUACCCAGUCUUGGCCGUAUUCGCCAUUUUUCUAAGCAUUUCUUUUUACUUGCGCUCAGUCUUUAUCACCCUUAUGGUCCUGCUCGCUGUUGUCAGUUCUUUGAUGAUCUCCUAUUUCUUGUACAAGGUGGCCUUCAGAUUCACCUACUUCCCCUUCGUAAACCUGACAGCAGUUGUGAUCCUCAGCAGCAUCUGUGCCAAUCACACUUUUGUCUUUUUUGACCUCUGGAACCUCAGCAAGAGUCAGAGCCCUUCUGCUGGCCUUCCUCAGUGGGUGAGUCAAACCAUGCACCAUUUUGCAUAUCUAAUGCUGGCAUCCAGCUUCACAACCAGCGCUGCUUUCUAUUCCAGCUACAUCAGCAACAUCACAGCCAUCCGCUGCUUCGCCAUCUACAUGGGCACCUCUGUACUGGUGAACCUGGUGUUCAUGAUGACUUGGCUUCCUUCUUCCGCUGUCCUGUACGAGCGCUACAUCGCGACAAACUGCAUUUACAAGCCCGAAGACUACUGGAACAAGGCUGGUCAUAAGAGAGCUCUUCUCUCCCUCCGUUACAUUCUCAGGGGUCUCCAGAACACGUUGUGUGAAACCUCCAAGCUGUUAUUUGAGAAGCUCCUGCCUUGCGGGGUCAUCAAGUUUCGCUACAUCUGGAUCUGCUGGUUUGCAGCCUUAGCAAUAGGAGGUGCCUACAUUUCCUGCUCCAACCCUAAGCUCAAACUCCCUAUGCUGGAGACAUCGUCUGUUCAGGUGUUCAGACUGAGCCAUCCUUUCGAGAGGUACGAUUCCGAGUACUGUCACCAGUUCAUGUUUGAGAGGCUAGAGCGCGGAGAAGGACAGCGGAUGCCUGUCACAAUAGUAUGGGGCAUUCUGCCUGUGGACAACGGAGAUCAUUUCAAUCCAAAAAGCAACGGCACCCUCGUGACAGAUAUCGCCUUUAGCAUCCAAAAUCCCGAUGCCCAGAAGUGGCUCCUCGAAUUCUGCCAGAAAGUGAAGAAUAAAACUUUCUAUUACCCCAGCGCAGAGCAGAAAUCUACUGUAUGCUUCAUGGAGGAGUUUCUCAGGUGGAUGGACAGUCGCCAGUGCUCCCAGCGAGACCACAACUUCAACCUCGAACAAGGCAGGGAAGGAGCUGAAACAUAUGAUCUGGGUCUCAGGUUUGACGGAGAGGGGAAUCUUGCUGCCUUAGUGCUGCAGUUUCAAACUAUUUACCACUAUACCUUCAAUUACAGCCAAGCCAAACUCUUCUAUGAGGAAAUCAACCUCUGGGUGACAGAGGAGAUGAAAACUGCCCCCAUGGGGCUUCAGAACGGGUGGUUUACCAGUAAGCUAGAGCUAUAUAAUCUUCAGCAUAGUCUUAGCACAGAAACCACAGUGGUCAUGGGGCUCUCCAUAGCCAUUUCCUUUGUAGUGCUGCUGCUCACCACCUGGAACGUUCUCCUUAGCGUUUUCUCUGUCACUGCUAUCGCAGGCACCGUCCUGGUGACUGUGGGCCUCUUGGUCCUCUUGGAAUGGCAGCUCAAUGCAGCAGAAUCUCUCUUUAUUUCAGCCGCAGUAGGUCUCUCCGUCGACUUUACCGUGAACUACUGCAUCUCCUACCACUUGUGCCCCCAUUCUGACCGCCUGAGCCGAGUGGCCUUUUCGCUGAAGCAGAUGAGCUGUGCCACAGCCAUGGCAGCUUCUGCUCUUUUCUCCGCAGGGGUCAUCAUGUUGCCAGCCACUGUCCUGGCAUACAGGAAGCUGGGGAUAUUCAUAAUGAUGAUCAAGUGUAUUAGCUGCGGGUUUGCCAGCUUCUUCUUCCAGUCACUGUGCUGCUUCUUUGGCCCGGAGAAGAACUGCGGGCAGAUCCUUUGGCCCUGUACCCACACCGUGAAAGACUAUUCUGAUGACUCUGGGCCAAACGGGAGUUUUGCCUGUGGGGGAAGUGAGAAGCAAAACAGGCUGCGUAAGGUCCAGGAAUCCAACACUGCGAACGAGCAAUACGAGCUCCAACCCUUGUCCAGAAAGCUCAGCGACAGUUUUGACAACAGCACUUCCACAAGCAAGCUGUCCAACCGGCCAUCGGUGCUGUCUGAAGACACCCAACUUGAAGACAACAGAUGCCCCAGAAUAGGAAUGCACCCUUCUCUUGAAAGACAAAACAUGCAGGAGACUCUUGGGGACCAGCAGGUUGGCCUGUGUCAGUGUCCUGCCUUGCAAACAUCUUCUCCAUACAAGCAUGGCAGCUCGGGAGCAGAAAUUCACAGGGAGACGCUGUGCAGGGAUUGUGAGUGCCGAAAGUAUGGUCCAAAAGCUUGGGAUGGGUCCAUGCUGGACCAUAUCCCACCGGCUGGCGUGAAAGAUGACAGGCAGCUCAAUAAAUCACAAUGCUCUAGUGACACUGCCCAGCAGCAGUCGGAUUAUACCUCAGACCACAGCCAUCUCCCUGCUGCUGACAUCUACAAAAUUCACCGAUGCCUUUGUUCUCUUGGCAGCUCUUUUGACAUGCUCAACAUCUCCAGUGAGACGUCAAUUAGUGAUUUUGAGCAAGGCCUAAAACUCGCUGAAUCGGCCAGUUCUUGUCCAGACGCCUUAGAGCUGUCAGAUUCAUACAGCCAAGCAGAAAGAGGUUACUUGAACGGUAAGAGAGAUACCCUGCGGCUGGAGCUGAGGGAGACUGUGUUUGAUGUCUCUCCAGUAGCGUCACAGCAAAAUAGCUCUUCGUGGAAAAAUCGGCUUGGAUUAGGGAGUGAAGAUCCCGUCGUGUUACCAAACAGCCAACCAGAUAUGCCUGAUGUUUGGAUCAAACGAUCUAGCGCACAAAAUUCCGGCUACAGCAGCUGAAAUUCUGCAGGAAACAG